UCAGCAGUCAUUUCCAUUUCCCCUCCCCGAGAAGCCCUUGGUGAUCGUCGACAAUAUGGCUGGCACCGGGAAGAUUACCAUCUCUAUCGACCGAGGUGGAACGUUUACUGAUGUCCAUGCGGUUGUACCCGGACAUCCCGACAUCAUUCUCAAGCUUCUCUCUGUUGACCCCGCACAUUAUCAAGAUGCCCCGACCGAAGGUGUGCGCCAAAUCCUGGAGAUGGUUACAGGCAAGCCACACCCUAGAGGACAGCCGCUAGAGCUGGGGCCGAUUGGGAGCUUGCGAAUGGGGACGACAGUGGCCACCAAUGCGUUGCUGGAGAGGAAAGGCGCUCGCUCUGCCUUGCUCACCACCAGGGGGUUCCGGGAUCUCUUGAAAAUCGGAGAUCAAUCUCGUCCCAAUAUCUUUGAUCUAUCAAUGGCCCGGCCAGGCGUCCUGCCGGAGUCCGUGGUAGAGAUUGACGAGCGAGUGGUUCCGUGCCACCCUCUGUCGGACAAGGACUGCUUUUCCGGGGCUCGCAUCGUCCAAGGAGUCACAGGCGAGAAGUUCCGCGUGGUCAAGGCAUUGGAUCUUGAGAAAGUGCGGCCCGAGCUUCAGCGGUUGAAGGAUCGAGGGUUCCAGUCCUUAUCCGUGGCUCUCGUACAUUCGUAUGCUUAUCCCGAACAUGAGCGCCUUAUUGGAGACAUGGCGGAGAGCAUGGGAUUUUCCGUCACACUGUCUUCCAAAUUACAACCCAUGAUUAAGAUUGUUCCUCGCGGCAUGUCUGCUGCCGCGGAUGCUUACUUAACUCCGGUAAUUAAGACCUACAUUGAUUCUAUCUCUUCGAGCUUCGCUGGUGGGCUCUCCAACCAACACUCCUGUAGAUUCGAGUUUAUGCAGUCUGAUGGUGGUUUGGUUGACUUUCGCAAAUUUAGUGGCCUGAAAGCUAUCCUCUCCGGCCCUGCAGCGGGUGUUGUUGGCUUUGCAGCCACGAGCUGGGAUCCGAUAGAAAAGAUUCCUGUCAUUGGCUUUGAUAUGGGCGGGACGUCCACGGAUGUCUCGCGCUUUGACGGUCACUUGGAGCAUGUGUUUGGGUCCAAGCUUGCCGGUAUCCAGAUUCAAUCGCCACAGCUGGAUAUCAACACUGUUGCCGCGGGAGGAGGCUCUAUCCUCAACUGGCGCAACGGGCUGUUCUACGUUGGGCCGGAAUCUGCUUCAGCGCACCCUGGUCCGGCUUGCUACCGGAAGGGAGGGCCGCUCACCGUCACGGAUGCUAACCUGUUCCUUGGUCGCCUGUUACCGGAAUUCUUCCCGCAUAUCUUCGGUCCAAAUGAGGACCAGCCACUUGAUCUUGAAGUCACUACACGGCUGUUCACUGAGCUGACACGGACUGUAAAUGCCGAGCGGAAGCAGAAGGGCCAAUCGGAAUAUACUGCGGAAGAAGUUGCACUGGGCUUCUUGAAGGUGGCCGACGAGUCAAUGGCCCGUCCCAUCCGCAAUCUUACUGAGGCGCGAGGCUACGAGACCGCUACCCAUCAUCUCGCGUGCUUUGGUGGCGCUGGAGGGCAGCAUGCAUGCUCAGUGGCCGCAUCCCUCGGUAUAUCCCGCAUUAUCAUCCACAAGUUCUCUUCUGUUCUUUCAGCGUACGGACUGGCCUUGGCAGAGGUGGUGAAGGAAUCCCAGGAACCCGUCUCGACUAAAUACCAGACCUCCAAAGGAGACCUUGAGAGGAAGCUGGGUGACAUGACUGACGCCUCGAUCGCUGAUAUGAUCGAGCAGGGAUUCUCUGCAGCUCAAAUCCGACAUGAGCGCUAUCUGAACAUGCGCUACGACGGCUCCGACACUAGCCUGAUGAUUUUGGAGCCUGAAGACGGCUCUGACUUCCUAAACGAAUUCCGUAUUAGACAUCGGAGAGAGUUUGGAUUCAACUCUGACAGGGAUGUUCUCGUUGACGAUGUGCGUGUUCGCUCGAUUGCGUCGUCGAAGGUGCGCGAUGAGAAAAGUCCUCUUGUACAAUUACGAGAAGCUACGAUGCGUGACAUCACCACCUCCCCAGACAAUUCUACGAAGACUUAUUUUGAUGGGCAAUCAACUCGUAUUGACACCCCCGUUUACCUCCUUGAUAAGAUCGAGAGAAACUCUCGGAUUCAUGGACCGGCUAUCAUAAUCGACAAAACACAAACCAUCGUGGUUGCGCCUGACGCGGUUGCCAGCAUUUUGGAGACUUGCAUCGUUAUCGACCUGAAAGAAGCCAAGACCGCCACGCCGCCAGAGGGUGUUUCGUCUGGUAUAGACACCAUCAGACUGAGUAUCUUUGGCCACCGAUUCAUGUCCAUUGCGGAGCAAAUGGGUCGAACUCUCCAGAAGACAUCAGUUUCGACCAAUAUCAAGGAGCGCCUAGACUUCUCCUGUGCACUGUUCUCGCCCGAUGGCGGUCUUGUGGCCAACGCGCCCCAUGUGCCCGUCCAUCUGGGUUCUAUGCAGUUUGCUGUCCGCUACCAACAUCAAAAAUGGCUUGGAAAUUUGAAGGACGGGGAUGUUUUGGUUGCCAACCAUCCUAGCUGCGGUGGUACUCAUUUGCCAGAUAUUACAGUAAUUACCCCCGUCUUCGACAGACCUGGCGGUCAAGAGAUCAUGUUCUAUGUUGCUUCUCGCGGCCACCACGCCGAUAUAGGAGGGAUUUUGCCAGGUUCUAUGCCCCCCAAAUCCACUGAGCUCUGGCAGGAAGGGGCCGCCAUCGAAGGCGACAAGGUCGUGAGCAAUGGUGUCUUUGACGAGGAGCGCAUGAUUGAGCUUCUGGUUCAUAAGCCCGCACAGUACCCAGGCUGCUCCGGGGCUAGAUGCAUUAGCGAUAACUUGUCCGAUCUGAAGGCGCAGAUUGCCGCUAAUACUCGUGGCAUCACUUUGAUCCAAGCCCUCUUUGCCGAGUAUGGCGUCGACACCGUGCAGAAGUAUAUGUAUGCGAUUCAGGCCACCGCUGAAACCGCCGUACGCAAUCUACUGAAGGAUCUCCACCAUAGAUUCGGUGGAAAGCCUUUGGAAGCAGUCGACUACAUGGAUGAUGGAACUCCCAUCCGCCUCACGGUUACUAUCAAUGGAUCUGACGGUUCUGCGAUCUUUGACUUUGAAGGUACUGGACCACAGGUGUACGGAGGUUGGAAUGCCCCCAUCGCCAUCACCCACUCUGCCAUCAUUUACUGUCUUAGGUGCAUGAUCGCCUCGGACAUGCCGCUCAACCAAGGCUGUUUGGCGCCCAUCGACAUUCGAGUUCCGCCUUCCUGCCUGCUCUCGCCUACCAGGAACGCCGCUGUUGUCGGUGGAAACGUCGUCACCUCCCAGCGCAUUACGGACGUGGUCCUCAAAGCCUUCCGUGCCUGUGCCGCGUCUCAAGGUUGCUGCAACAACCUCACGUUCGGUACCGAUUCCAAGCAACACCCAGAGACCGGCGAAGUCACCCCAGGAUUCGGCUACUACGAGACGAUUGCGGGAGGCAGCGGCGCAGGGCCGACCUGGACCGGGGAGUCCGGGGUCCAUGUACACAUGACCAAUACCCGGAUUACAGACCCGGAGAUCCUCGAGAAGCGGUAUCCGACCUUGUUGCGCCAGUUCACCCUGCGGCCCGAAUCAGGCGGCAAGGGCCUCCAUCCUGGGGGCGAUGGUGUCGUCCGAGAGAUCGAGUUCCUUACCCCCAUGGAAUGCUCGAUUCUAUCCGAACGACGAGUGCACCGUCCUUACGGCCUUGAGGGAGGGGAACCUGCGGAGACUGGCCUGAACCUCUGGAUCACGCAGGAUCUCGAGACCGGUGAAGACCACACCGUGAAUAUUGGUGGCAAGAAUACCGUUUCAGUCCGGACGCAUGAUCGGAUUGUCAUCAUGACUGCGGGAGGAGGUGGCUGGGGUCGGGCAGUGGAGUAGUUUUUUCCUUCCUUUCUUUCUUUUUUUUUUUCUUUUUACAGUUCAUAAUAGCGUUUUAUAUAAAUUGCAUUUCUCAGAUGUCCACAAUAGAACAGAGCG